CUGUCGCCGCGGUAACGAACGCUGGCUUCUUGUCUCGCUAUGAACGCCCGGGUAGCUCGGGCCGGGUGGGCCCGGGGGCUCUGGGGACGUCGCGCCGCCUCGAGCCACGGGGAGCCGCCCCCGGACGCCGUGGACGUGGCGGAGCUGCUGCGGGACGCCAGCUCGGCCGAGGAGGGGGCCCAGGAGGCGGUGGCGCGGCGGCCGCCCGCGCGCUGCUCGGUGCUGCUCUUUCCCGGCCAGGGUAGCCAAGCGGUCGGCAUGGGGGGCGGCCUGCUCGGCUUCCCGCGCGUGCGCCAGCUCUACGAGACCGCGCACCGGGUGCUGGGCUACGAUCUGCUGGAGCUGUGCCUGCGCGGGCCUCAGGAGGACCUGGACCGCACGGUGCACUGCCAGCCCGCCGUCUUCGUGGCCUCUCUGGCUGCCGUGGAGAAGCUACAUUAUCUGCAGCCGGCGGUCAUUGAGAACUGUGUUGCUGCAGCUGGAUUCAGUGUGGGGGAGUUUGCAGCCCUUGUGUUUGCUGGAGCCAUGGAGUUUUCUGAAGGUCUGUACGCAGUGAAAGUCCGAGCCGAAGCCAUGCAAGAAGCAUCUGAAGCUGUCCCCAGUGGGAUGCUGUCUGUCCUUGGCCAGCGUCAGACCAAUUUCACCUUUGCCUGCAUGGAAGCCCAGGAGCACUGCAAAUCCUUGGGCAUAGAGAACCCGGUGUGCCAGGUGUCCAACUACCUCUUUCCUGACUGCAGGGUCAUCUCAGGACACCUUGAGGCCCUGCAGUUUCUCCGGAAGAAUUCUGCUAAGUAUCACUUCAGGCGCACCAAGAUGUUGCCGGUGAGUGGUGGCUUCCAUACCUGCCUCAUGGAGCCAGCCGUGGAGCCCCUGGUGAAAAUUCUAGACACGAUUAACAUCAAGAAGCCACUGGUUGCUGUCCACUCCAACGUCAGUGGACAUAAAUACAUGCAUCCCCAACACAUCCGGAAGCUGCUGGGGCAGCAGGUGGUGUCUCCAGUGAAGUGGGAACAGACAAUGCACUGUAUCUACCAGCGAAAGAAGGGCACUGAGUUCCCCAGCACCUUUGAAGUGGGCCCCGGGCGGCAGCUGGGAAGCAUCUUGAAGAGCUGCAACGGGCAGGCAUGGAAGUCCUACAGCCACGUGGAUGUGAUGCAGACCAGCGUGGAUCCUGAUCACCGAGGGCCUUGAGUGGAUAGCCCCAGCAUGAGCCUCUCUACCUGCCCCUUCCUCAGACUAGAGGACAGUGGUCACUCAGCCCUCGAGUGCCACAUUGUGUGACUCAACCCAUCCCCACACCUGACAAGACAUCUGGCUGCAGGGGGGAAGAAUUCCUAUGCAGACCACCUGCCCAGCCAGCUGCUCUGCCUCUGCACCCAGCCAUGCCCCUCAGUGAAUCCAGCAAGGGCAAGCCUGGGCCAGCCUUAUACUUGUCCUCUUGGUGCCAUGGACACACUGCUUGGCUUCAAUCCAGGCCUGGUGCCAGAGGGGCACAUCAGCCACCUGUGUCAUGCUGCUCACCCAGGGUUGAGGUCAUAGCUUCUUUGGCCUUGAAUCUGUCCAGUGGCCUUGGCAGCCACUUUGUCCUUACUUCACUUGACAGCUGGGAGAUUGAGUGCCACAUACUGUACAUAUCCAAGAAGCACAUAUUAAGUGCCUGCUGUUUGCCCUAGAGUGGGUGGUCCCUCAUAGAAGAAAACUGGAGCAAGGUGCGGGAUGUAUCUGGGCAAGAAAGAUGGCCUGGGAUCCUGACUGCCCUAGGCCAGCCCCAGUUCAUCCACGGAGAGACCCUACCACCAAACUGUCUACAGGACAGUGGUCACUGCAGAAUCAGCUGUGUCUAUGGCUUCCCUCACAGCACAGCCUGCUCCACAGCAGGAAUAGAGCGGAGCUCCUGGGAGGACACAGAAUAAAUGAGAGUCUUUCUAAAGCUGCCUGGCUGGCUUUCUCAUUCAGUGAUGCUGGGAGUCUUGGGAAGGGAGCCCAUGAACUUGUUCUGUUGUUGGGGAGACCUGCACCUGAUCUGGACAGCAGCCUCCAGACAGGACUUGUCCUAUUGCCCAACUGUCCCCAUGCUUGUGCAACUGUCCUUGGUCCUGGCCAGUGGUACUUUCAGGUCUUGUGACCUCCAGAUGCCCUGUGGAUUUCAACAGAAAUGCGAGUGUAGUUUGCACCACCCCAAGUGAGCACAUCCAUCUAGCUGAGACAGGAGACUGGCUUUAACUCUGAGCUUGACAUCAAGCAGGCAGAGCAGUCUAUAAAUGAGGACUCUGGACAGCCAUCAGCAUUUGCUUGCAGGGGAUUGGCUCCUGUGGUAACACUCUGGGCUCCAGGUCUGGAGCACCAUGGCCUGGCUGUCUAUAGGGCAGCUACCCACUCAGAAGCUUGUGCUCGCCUCUCCUGAGCCCAGCAUGAGGUUGACUUGAACCAGGGCAAUCCAGGUGACAGCACAUGGGGCAUGGUCAGUCCCAUCCAAUGUGGUCACAAGACAGACUCCAGAUGCUCCUACAUCCUUAUCACCUCAGGGAAGUUGCCCACUGUCCCAGAACCCUCCAUCCCUCCUUGGGCCUGCUGCAGGGGAGUGGUGUGAAGAUUCUCAGACUGAAGCCGCUGUGGUAACAGCGAGUCUGUAAGACAUGGAAGGGGCAAGGUGGUUACCGUAGCAGCAGACACUGGAUGCCUGCACAUGUGACUCAUUACAGCGUGACGUACAACAUGGCACACAGCCUCUGUGAUCCUCGAACACCCUGCUCUCUCCACUAAGAAAGUCUCCUAGACUGCGUUCUGGGUCUUCACUCUGAAGGUCACUGAGUAAGUCGCUCCCUACACCUGUCCUCCGGGGAGACCAAACGAGGGGCUGCCUCUGGGGUCUAGUCCACACUGCCCUGGGAGUUGGGACCUCUCAGGACUGUCCAGCUUGAUGAGGGGCAACCGAAAGACCCUGGGUGCUGCCUGACCUACUGCUACGGCCAGAUGCAAGGUUGGGGGCUGGGAAGCAAAGGGUUUCAAGCUUGCCUGGAAGCUCCCACACUUCUUCCAAGGUUUGCAGGGCACGCUUAGGGCCCAGGCCUGUGCUGGUUCUGGCUCCACCUGCCCACUUAGGCAGCUGGUUACCUGUGCAUGGCAAUCCCGGGCAGUUGGGCCAGACGGGGGCUCCGCAGACACAGGUCCAUCUCAUCACCGAUGUAGGCCAGCCUCAGGGCCACCUGGUUUCUGCAGAAAGACGCCAGGAAGUUAGGCACGGUUAUGUUGGGAGGUCAUACCACCCACCCAUUCGGGUGUUCCUGGGGCACUCAAGGCCCAGAGAGAGGUGGGCAGUGGGUUACUGGGGGCCAGCAGCAAACCUUGGCGUCCCUCUCAUCCAUGAGUACACUUUGGAGUAAAGGCCAUUUCAAAUGUGACCCUGCAGGAUAGGCCACGGGCUACUGAGACAUCAGAGGGGCCAAUAGGGGACCUACCCCAGUCUGUAGCCCAUGUCCAUCUCUUGUGGAACUCAGACACACAUUAAUACUAAGAGUGUCUCAUGAACCUGUUUGGAAGCCAAGGGACAACUUAGCCCAGAAAAACCAUCACCUGACCUUUCCCCUAGAGGAUCUUGGGGAAGGGGAUGCUACCUGGUGGGCUUUGAUGGUAACAGUAGAUGGUAGGAGGAGCAGUGGGGGUACUCUGAGCCCCCUUCAACUGGGCCUCAUUUCGUCUUCCUGCUCCAAGACCUGCCUCUGUCCCAGUCCUGAAACACUUGCGUCUGCACCCUCUUCAGACCAAGAGUGACUAACAGGAGCCACACUUGCUAAACCAAAUC